UGAGAGGUGGUACAAAGUCUCUGUCUAAAUACUGGCAUGCGUGCUGUGACCAGCUGGCUGUGGUGCAAGAACCUGUGGGGAGAAAGUGGACAGUGGACAGCAGCAGAGCUAUUGUAGCAGCUCUGAAGGCUUAUCAGCUCCCUAGGAACUCAUGGUAUUUCUUAGAUGUUCAGAUCUGUCUGGUUCUUUUUCUCCACUACAGCUCACAAGGGAAUUCAUAUGACCAAUUAUGGACCUGUUUCAUACAAGGGAAAACUAUAAAGUUUACCAGGGAAAACAAUGAUGGUCCCAAGGCUUAAGGAGUGCUUUUCAAACACUGUAUGUAGGAAUGGGUGCAGUAGAUGCAAUAGUCAAGCCAUGGCCAUAAUGAUCAGCAUGACUACACACCAAUUACUUUCAUGUUCUUGUCCCACUCAUUCCAGGAGCCUUAACAGGAGCAUCCUACACCCCUGUACAAGGAGUGCCUCAGGACACUUGAGCUAUUUAAACAUUUGGCUAGUUUUAUGCUUGUUUCCAAGAACCUGUGUAUCGAGUCCUACAAAACCUAAUUUCUUACUGAUACUGGCCGAUGAUCUUGGUAUAGGAGAUGUGGGUUGCUACGGCAAUGAUACAAUAAGGACUCCUAACAUUGAUGGCUUGGCAAAGGAAGGAGUGAGACUUACUCAGCACAUUGCUGCAGCUGCUGUCUGUACUCCAAGCAGAGCCGCUUUCCUGACUGGCAGAUACCCCAUCAGAUCAGGCAUGGCCUCCAGCACUCAACAGCAGAUUCUCUUUUGGAACGGGUGUUCCGGGGGGCUUCCACCAAAUGAAACUACUUUUGCCAGAAUACUGCACCAGCAAGGUUAUUCUACAGCACUUGUAGGGAAGUGGCAUAUGGGUGUGAACUGCAAAACCCGCCAUGAUCACUGCCACCAUCCUUUAAAUCAUGGUUUUGACUAUUUUUAUGGCAUGCCUUUUACCCUUGUGAAUGAGUGUCAAGGCACAGACGACCCUGAACUGGCCAAGUCUUUGCAAGAUAGGUAUUGGCUUUACACACAGAUGAUCACCCUUGCAGUAUUUACUCUUGUGAUUGGAAAACUUGCCAAGUUUUUCCCAAUAAAAUGGAAAAUAAUCAUCUGUCUGGCCGUCUGUGGUCUCCUUCACUUCCUCUCCUGGUUCUCCAGCUAUGGUUUCACCAAGUACUGGAACUGUAUCCUGAUGAGAAACCAUGAUGUCACUGAACAACCUAUGAACCUAAACAAAACUACUUCUAAUAUGCUGAAGGAGGCAGUUACAUUCAUUAAAAGAAACAAGCAUAGACCAUUUCUUCUCUUUGUUUCCCUUUUACAUGUUCACACCCCUCUCCCUACCACAGAGAAGUUUCAAGGAAAAAGCAGGCAUGGCCUGUAUGGAGAUAAUGUAGAGGAGAUGGAUUGGAUGGUGGGAAGGCUUCUGGAUGUUAUUGACAAAGAAAGCUUGAAGAAUACCACAUUCAUUUAUUUUGCAUCUGAUCAUGGAGGAUCCUUAGAGGCUCAAAGAAAAAAUUCUCAGUUGGGUGGAUGGAAUGGGAUCUAUAAAGGUGGAAAAGGCAUGGGAGGCUGGGAAGGAGGGAUCCGUGUGCCAGGAAUAUUUAGGUGGCCAGGAGUACUCCCUGCAGGCACAGUUAUUGAUGAACCUACAAGUCUGAUGGAUAUUUAUCCCACAUUAGUUCAUCUGGCUGGAGGGACAGUGCCGCAGGACAGGGUAAUCGACGGGCGCCCUUUGCUGCCUCUGCUGCGUGGGACAGUUCGGCACUCCGGGCACGAGUUCAUGUUUCACUACUGUGGUGUGUUUCUGCACGCAGUGCGGUGGCACCAGAGGGACAGUGGCACCGUGUGGAAAGCUCAUUAUGCUACUCCAGUAUUCCAACCAGAAGCCUCUGGAGCCUGUUUCAGAAGAGGAAUUUGCCCAUGUUUUGGGGAUGGUGUAACCCAUCAUGACCCUCCACUGCUGUUCAAUCUCUCACAAGAUCCGUCUGAGGCAAAUCCUCUAUCAGCUGACACUGAGCCCUUGUUUGACACUGUGACGAGGAGAAUAAGAAAAGCUGUGGAAGAGCAUCGCAAGACGCUGACUCCAGUGCCACAACAGCUGUCUCCAUACAAUAAUAUAUGGAAGCCAUGGCUGCAGCCAUGCUGUGGAACAUUCCCAUUCUGCUGGUGCCAUGAAGAAAAUAACAAAGCAGAUAGCAUAGUUUAAUACCAAAAUCAAAGGUAGCUUCUUUAAAGAAGUUGAUGGUUUUCACAUUUACAUGACAUUUACAUUCAUAGAGAAAUUGGAGAUAUGGGUUAAAUUACACUGGAAUAAUUUAAAGAGAUAUUAUUAGGGUGUUUGUGUUCAACUUUUUUUCAUACCCACAGAAAUUCAGUAAGCCUGUGGUUUAAAAAUUAGCGGUCACCUGUAUAACCCGCCUCUCAAGUGCAUAAUUCUGGAUUAAAUACCCAAAUAAAUAAAUAAAUAUUUCUUUUCUUAGUGAUGUUCAAUUCAAGCA